GUGUAUCCACAGAUGCGUUCCCAUAGCAACAGCCCCAACAUGGCUGCCCGGAACAGCGACGGUUCACAGAACUCUGUGGCUCACCUCGACCCCCUCAAGGGCACCGUCCUGAGGGACAGCAUGGGGGGAGAGAGGGGGAAAGACCUGUCCAGGGAUGACCUUGUGUUCCUCCUCAGUAUAAUGGAGGGAGAGCUGCAGGUGAGGACAGGACAGAACAGAUGUAUUCUAGUACUUCUGGAUCUAGGUUUAUAGUAGAUGUUUGAUCCGCUGUGCUCUGUAAGAUAACGAGAUCAGGAUGGUCGUACGGGGCUAGUAGCCUAUAGCUUAGACUUGGCCAUGUUCAAAACCACACUAGUGCCAAAGCCUUAUAUGCACAAAUGCGAGUGUUACAUUGCACAUUGACGUCGUCAAUAGGAGAUUUUCUCCAAACUGAGUUGAGCCCAGCUGUAGACGAGCUGUAGAGGAGACAGAAUGAAUCAGACUCUAACAGAGGAGCCUAUUGUGACUGUAACUAAAACCAUGAGUAAAACCCUCCUAGACAUGCCUCGCAGAGCGUGACACACACACAGCCUACACCGUAGCUGUAUAGGAAAGACUUGGGAGUGCAAUCUCUUUUUCAUCUCUAUCAUUCUUCAUCCCUCCUUUUUUAUUAUAUCUGUCCAUCCUACCAGGCCAGAGACGAGGUGAUCGCAGUCCUGAAAGCAGAGAAGAUGGAUCUGGCUCUGGUGGAGGCUCAGUAUGGCUUUGUUACCCCAGGAGAGGUGCUACAGGCCCUGCAAAGAGACUCACUCCAGGCCCAGGCUUCUGAGGCCCAGGAGGCCCCACAGCAGGAUGUCUACGAGAAACCCAUGGCUGAAGUAACAGGAGAUAAACACUAAGAUUGAAAACACAGCCACUGUCUCUAUUAAAACCCACCAGUCACACUUAGGCUUGUAUAGGCUUUGAGGCAUGGGUUUUGCAGUAGAUAGCUAAUGAUAAACCAUUGACCCAUUGCCCGUUUCCAACAACGCAAUUAGAGCCACGGAGUCUUCAGCCCUGUCUUCAUGUCCCUUUCUCUCUCUGUGUUAGCUGGACCGGCUGGUGGAGACUGGAAAGCAGAGCUACAGGCGGAUGCUGGAGCAGCUGCUGCAGGUGGAGUGCUCCCACAGUGGUGCCCUCUGCAGGCUGGAGGAGCAGGACCAGCAGCACCGUGCCCUCCUGCAGCGCAGCGACGACCUCACCUGUCUACUGGAGCAGGACCGCGAG